AUGGCAUCCGCCCAAAAUACCAGCCGGGUGUGGGGCGAUGAAGCUCCCGUUCGCAGGAAGAGCGGUGUGACCUUUGCCACGCGAAACACCAACAUGAGCCGUAUGAGCGCAGCCUCCCACCGCAGCCGCAUGAGCGCCGUGAGCAAGCUGACGGCUGUGAUGAGCUUGGCGGAGAACGAUGAUUUUCAGCACCAUUUCAUGGCCACGGGCGCCUUGCGACCCCAAAUCGCACAGAGAGCAGGCUUGCAGGACCAGGAGGAUGAGGACGAGGAUCUGGACGAGGAGCCUGUAGUGCCUGGCGGCCAGGAGGAGCUCCAGCAGUUGCGACCGGAGGAGGCCAAGCCGAAAAAGAAAGGCCUUAAGAAGGAUUUGUGGCUUCCCGCUUUCUUACUGGUGCUUUGCAGCUUGAACAACUAUCUCAGCUAUGCCAUGGAAUACGGCACCUUCGCAAUUUUCUUCAAGGAGUACCACGGUUGGACUUCGGCCACUUGGGCUUCCUUGUGCCAGACCGCCGGCGAUCUCUUUGCGGCCGUGAUGAUUAAGCUCAUGGCCCUCUAUGGUCCCUCUGAGGACCCGAUGAAUGCCGGUUGCUUUGAACGUUGGACACGGCAGCCGUACAACCUCUCCUGGCUCCUCUUCUUCUGGAUUUUAUGUAGUGCUGGGAUGUGCGCUCCGCCCUUGGCUGUAGCAGUGAUUGCCCAGAUCCUCAUGGGCACCGUCUUUGUCUACUGCUCAAAGACCGUGACGGACUUGAACCUCUUCUACUCCUUGGGCGAUCCGGACGUCUACCUCACCUUGCAGGUCUACUGCAAGAAUGCCGAUGCAGUGGGCGGCUGCACUUCUUGCUUUGUGGCACUGCUCCUGUAUGAUACGGUCUCUCCCUUUGCACCCUUCGCCGUGGCGGCCGGCUUUAGCACCCUCAUGUUUGUCCUCUACACCGCGGGAUUCUGCCACCGCCUGGGCUUCGGCGAGGACAUCGAGACGGCCGAGCACCGACGCGCCCGUCGCCUGGGGAUGGUACGGACCAGCCGAUGGACCGUCUCGAGCCGCAAGAGCACCGUUCGGCUGGAUGAGGGCUAG